AUGCCCACUCUCAAACUCUUGCAAAUCACAAUUUUCCUAGCUUUAUUUUCAUCUCUAAUCCAAGCUGAUGAAAAUCCACCUAAUUUAGAGAACAAGUGUGGGGAUUGCCCUUGUGACAAUCCUUGUACCCCAAAGCCAUCUCCACCGCCACCAUCUCCGCCGCCGCCAUCGCCUCCGCCACCGUCUCCACCGCCGAGCAACAUAUGUCCGCCGCCGCCCGCCGCGCCGGAUGAAGAGAUUCCUCCCAAGAGCCCAAACCCUCCGGAUGAAGAGACACCUCCCAAGGGCCCAAACCCUCCAUCCAUAUCCAUUAAUGGGCCGCCGGGAAAUGUUUAUUCGGUUAUUCAGACCUAUUCCGGAGGCUGCCGCAGCUUUUUGGUCGGAAAUAUUCCGUUCUUGAUCAUCAGCUGUUUGUUGUGGGCGCUAGCUUUUUGA